AUGAGUUUCACCCGAAGGCAGCUGCGGGGUGUGAGCGACGAGCGCGAUGAGGUUGUGGCACACGACUGGAAGCGGCUGGAACAGGUGCGUGUUUUGAAGCGAUGGCUGGCGAGAACUGACGCACAAGCAUCAGCACCAAGAUACGUGGCUCCCAAUGCCCAUUCCGAGAACAAUGCGCAAAUUCCCACCAUGAAGUCCAGGAGCACUGCAGCGCCAGGGGUGUGGGAUGUUGGUGUGAGAGCAUCAGGUAUCACCAGCAUGCCCAUUGAUCAGCACCGCACCAGUGAACAAAGGGGACUCCUUCUGUUGCAACAGGUUAGAGAAGAGAAGGACUGCAAGGAGCGGCUUCUGGAGGAAUGCGAACGCUUUCGCCUGGUGAUUCACGAAACAAGGCAAGAAGCUCUUGCAGAGAUGCAGGCCCAGGAGAGAGAACACCAUGCCGAGUUCAAGAAGUUCCAGGAACAUUCGCAUCAGCAGAAGGAAGUCGCCGACCACGACAAUCAACGCAUCAGGAGUGAAAUGCAGCAGCAGCACACCCAGCACUUGGGGCUAAAGCAGCAGGAGCUCGACGAGCAAAGGACUCUGCAAGAAAGUGUGGAGGCAGAGAUGCAACAGCUGCGUUCAGAGCUCUCCAGCUACAAGGCGCAAGCCGCCACGGCAGCCAACAGCGCCAGCGCGGCGGCGCUAUCGCAGCGCAACCAGCGUAUCCUCCACAAGCAACAGCUGGACAACUUGACGGAGGAACAUCAGGCACAGUUACAUGCCCUGAACCAGCAGCACAUGCAGCAGCUAACGGUGCAACAGCACAUGUUGGAUCCAGAGAGGCUUUCCACCUUCGUGGACGACUUGUUGGAUGAAAUUAGUUGCUUAAGGCAACGAACGGAGGACAAGCCGCAGGCACAACAAGAGUUGCUGGUUCCCUUGUCGUCGCCACACUUGGAGGUCUCUUCACGCCGUCUUGCCAAGAUGCGACAGCGUCUAGCAGAACGAAAGGAGGAGGACACGGGCCCCUCAAGCCGAUCGCGGCCGGGGUGUUUGAGGAUGGCACCAGAGAGGUCCAGCGACUCCCCGAGGACGCCAUCGCCUGAGCGGUUGACACAAAGGCCUCUGGGCUCCACGGGCUCCACGGAGGUCGUGAGACUGCCCUACACCUUGGAACCCAUCACACAGGAGAUUUCUUGA